AAGCUUCUCAAAAGUUUCCGGUGAAAAUGUUACAAACAAAAUAAUUAAGAUAUCAAAAGCCCCUCAUCAAAUUACUUGCGUUUUAGCCCUGUCCAAAAUCUCAGUUCAUACCAAAGCGAAAAGCAAAUGGAAAUUCGUAGAACCUGCCACUGGUUACUGAAAGUCUGUAUCAAGGUAAACCCUCAAGGCUAACCGGGUCACUCAAAUUCUAUUUCCAUGAAGGAAUUCAUAUUCCUCCGUCCCAUCAAAAUCAAACUCCUAUCGCCGGCAUCCUCUUCUACGGCCGAUGUCGGUGGGACACUUCGCUUGUCUGGAUUCGGAUCAUGGCACACUAAAUAUUACUCCAGCGUUCUUGAUAGCUCAAACGAAGUCAAAGGGCGGAGGAAGGACGCCAAAUGGCUUACUCUGCCGCCUUUCACUCCCACUGUUAACGGCGCUGAUCUCGGAAAGGCACUCUCAGGCCGCCGGUCCGAAGUUAAACAGGUCCUUGCUGCUACGUCCUCCACUACGGCGCUCAAGUGGGUUCUGAGGUGCUGCCCUGAGCUACCUCGAAGCCUUGUGCAGAAGCUCUUUCGUCUUAGACAGGUUCGAAGGGAAUCUGCUUCUGUGGAGAACAAAACUAUGGAAACUCAAGAAAACAAACAUAGACUAAAAAGGGUGACAGCCAAGGACACCUUAAACUUAGGAGAUAAGAUCUUUCUUCCUGUUAGUGUUAAAGAGACGUCUCAAGAGAAACAUGAAUCUGGUAUCACUGCUGCUGAAGUUAACUUUAUCCACAGCCUAGUUUUGCAUAAGGAUCCUGCCAUUCUUGUUCUGAACAAACCUUCAGGGAUGCCUGUUCAGGGUGGCAUAAAUAUCAGCCGAAGUUUAGAUGAAGUGGCUGCAGCAUGCUUAACUUAUGAAUACUCAGAAUCUCCUCGACUGGUGCACAGACUGGACAGAGAUUGUACAGGCAUUUUGGUGAUGGGAAGGACACACACAAGUGCUAUAGUUCUGCAUUCCAUAUUCCGGGAGAAAACUUUCAGGGCAUCUGAUGAUAUUGGUAAGAAAAAGAGAAUCCUACAAAGAAGGUACUUAGCACUGGUCAUUGGAUGUCCAAGACGUCCAAGGGGGCUGGUUUCUGCUUCACUGGGUAAGGUGGUGGUAGACAAUGGGAAAUCUGAUAGAAUAACUAUCAUUGACAAUUCUUCAGAAUUAUCAUCGCAGCAUGCAAUCACAGAAUAUCGAGUGAUUGGGUCCUCAUCACAUGGUUACUCAUGGUUGGAGCUUUUGCCAUUUACUGGGAGAAAACACCAGCUUCGGGUCCACUGUGCUGAAGUGUUAGGAACGCCAAUAGUUGGGGACUACAAGUAUGGAUGGCAAGCUCAUAGGAGGUGGAAACACUUCGAUGUGCCAGACCAAGAAGAUUCGAGUGAGGACGAAAAAGCACUCCCCUUCGGUCUCAAUAUGAACAAGGGAAGUAUCUCGGAGAAGCAUCCUCGUUUGCAUCUUCAUUGUAAGCAUGUGGUCUUGCCGAAUGUGUCCCAGGCUCUGCAAGAUGUGCAAUUAUCUUCCUCCCACGAUCUUUGGAAUGUGGAAAGCCUCGAGUUUGUUGCACCUCUCCCUCCGUACAUGCAAAGAAGUUGGGAUCUGACAAAAUCCUGAGUAAUGGUUGAAAGGUAGCAGCUUGUCACAUUCACUGGAUUCAAUCAUGGCUCCUCCUAGAAGAUGGUCUACUGGAUAUAUUUGAUGAACUCGUGUCAGUUAGUCAACACGUUUACGUUAAGGUUCUGGUGUUCAGAUAGCCACCCGGUUUUUUUGGUGUGCGGCUUUAUAUGCUCCCCAGUCGUUCUUCCAAUCAUAUCAAAACUCAAUUUCCCCAUCGAAUCAUUCAUUCCUAAGCAAAUUCGGAUUGUAUACUGCUCGGCAAAAAUCAUUGAAGUGAUGGAUUCCAUGGUGAGGUAUUUAGCUUCCUUGUCAUCUCUCACGGACAUCUAGAAAUAUUUUUCAUAAAAUUGCUUCAAGUAAUUCUCAAGUGAUGAAUAAUAUUUCAGAUGAUAGUUUACCGUAUA